AAGCAACGGUUCCACCAAUCAGAAGUUGAGGGGGUGUGGCUGAGAGGUGGCGGGAAGUUUUUGGGGGUGCUGCAGGUAGUGUAGGGAGGCCAGAGGGGAGCUCCUGACUGAGUCUGGGCCCGAGUGACGUACACGGCGAGAAGUCAGCCCAGGAGCCCGAACGCCGAGCCCCCGCCAUGGAGAACUUCCAGAAAGUGGAGAAGAUCGGGGAGGGCACAUACGGGGUGGUGUACAAAGCCCGCAUCAGGGACACCGGGGAGGUGGUGGCGUUGAAAAAGAUUCGCCUCGAUACGGAGACAGAAGGGGUUCCAAGCACAGCCAUCCGAGAAAUCUCUCUCCUAAAAGAACUUAAUCACCCAAACAUAGUCAAGCUAUUGGACGUCAUUCACACAGAAAACAAACUAUACCUUGUCUUUGAGUUCCUCAACCGAGACUUGAAGAAAUUUAUGGACAGUUCCAAUAUUACAGGGAUCCCACUGGUUCUCGUUAAAAGUUACUUGUUCCAGCUGUUGCAAGGAUUAGCAUUCUGCCAUUCACAUCGGGUCUUGCAUCGUGACCUGAAGCCUCAGAACUUGCUUAUCAAUGCAGAUGGAGCAAUCAAGCUUGCAGACUUCGGACUGGCACGAGCAUUUGGUGUGCCAGUGCGAACGUACACACACGAGGUGGUAACGCUCUGGUACAGAGCUCCGGAAAUUCUUCUUGGCUGUAAGUUCUACUCCACUGCUGUGGAUAUUUGGAGCCUGGGCUGUAUUUUUGCAGAAAUGAUCACACGAAGAGCCUUAUUCCCAGGAGACUCUGAAAUUGAUCAGCUUUUCCGUAUUUUCCGAACACUUGGAACCCCUGAUGAAGUGUCAUGGCCGGGGGUUACUUCUAUGCCGGACUAUAAGUCCACGUUUCCCAAGUGGGCCAGGCAAGACUUUAGCAAGGUGGUACCAUCAUUGGAUGAAGAUGGUAGAGAUCUUUUGGCACAAAUGCUCCAGUACGAUUCCAACAAAAGAAUCUCUGCUAAGACUGCCCUGUCUCACGCUUUCUUCCGCGAUGUCAGCAGACCAACUCCACAUCUCAAUUAAAAGAAGCUUCUUCGUGGAUUUUAUAACUAGUGAAAGAAUGGGCUUGAGCUGCAGUUUUAAAAGGACUUAAUAUUUUUGAGAAUUAUAUGGUCUGUGUCAUAUCUUGCUAUUUAUUAGCCCCAUAUCAAUGUGGCCGUCCAAGCAGCAUUAUUUGAACAAAAAAACUUAUCAAGGUUUUAAACAGUCUGGUUCUUCACCCUCUACUUUUCAUGUAUUUGUGGAUAGCUGCAUGUUCCAUGUUCAAACAAUUUUAAACUUUUUAAAGUUUAUAAAGCUUUCUAACUUAAGUUGGAGAACGUUCGCCUAAUAGAGAGUCCUAUGCUUCAAAAGGUGUCACAGCACAUACAGUGCUACACAAAGGCAUUUCCUGGUUUGUCUGCUUGGGAAAGAACAGUCUUCACACGUAGCUCCAUUCUAGUUAUCAGAAUAAAAUCUCAUGAUCUACAGAUUAAUUGGAUUCAACCCAGAAUGCUUGAUGGAGACUUUUAUGUGUUAACCUAGUUUUCAGCUUUUGGGUCAUUAUGGUGGAAAGUCUCCAGAAGGACCUUUCCUGCCAUUUCCUGACAUUUGUGAAUGCCUAUUGGACAAACAAGGGUUACAGAGAAGAGUCGAUGUGUUGGUGAAAAGCUGGGACCUGCCAUAGGAGUUCUUGACCUGUCAGUGACUUCUCCAGCCCUUCAUCCAUUACCAAACAAGGGAAAUACAUGUAUGAAAGAAUUUUACUUGAGGUGCUGCACAUGUUUUAAAAAAAAUAGUUUCAAAGUUAAGUCUGCACCUUGUUUUGCUUUUGGAUGGAUACUUUUAUGUAUUGUUUUAAUGUAGACUGUUUGUUUUUAGUAUGCAUUUCUCUGUUAAGUCUGUUAAUUAAAAUAUUUUUAAUUUAAA